GGGAAAAUAUGUCGGGAAGCACGCAACAUAACGGGGUUGUUCUCGUGUGAAAACGGCGGGAGACGGUGGGAAAAUAUGUCGGGAAGCACGCGACAUAACGGGGUUGCUCUUGUGUGAAAACGGCGGGAGCUUCGAUUGUCCCCUGGGGUCUCUUCUCUCUGCUGUGGAUUUGUUUCGCGCGGGGAAAAAAAACGUUGACGACAUCAGGUGCACUGUAUGUGACCGUGUGUGAAUAGGGCGGGAAGAGGGAAAAUUUUGGCGGGAAAAUUUUGAUGCCGAGGAUGGGUUUGUGGGGUCGAGGAGGAGAAGGAGAGGGAGGAGGAGGAGUAGGAGGAAGAGGAGGAGGAGGUGUUCGGCAAUAUACUGGGAAAUCAGUUGUAGGUGUUUUGGGUGAGAGCGGUGACGGACGAGAAGAAAAUUUGGCGGGAAGGAGAAAUGGCGCGAAGAGGGGGUUAAAGCGGCCAAUUUCUUCGGGAAAUUCGGUGCGCAAUGGGCCAUGUCCCGAUCCCACUGUUCCUGGCUUUGAUAUGGAUCCUCCAGCUGUCUCGUCGUCAAUGAACGGUGAUGAUGAUGUUGAUGAUGAUAGGAGAGAUAAGGACCGUAGAUGGUUGCCUGCGAAGGAGGCUGUUUCUUCUCCUGACCGUCUGGCGACGUCCACGUUGCAGAUAACUCGCGCUGGAUCUGGAGUCGAGCUCCCGCCGUUUUACCUCCAUUUGGAGGACUUAUGGACUCCUGCGAUUCUGAAUGACUCGCCGGAGUCUCUAGAUUUUGGACUCCCUGGGACAUGCAUAAAGAGGGAUGAGUUUGUGGGCCUGAGGUACGUCUGCGCAGUGAACAAUUCCAAUUCCGGCAAUAACGAGGACGUUGCAAAUCGGGGCACAGGCAAAUUGUAUGUCCCAAGAGAGAGUGAAAGGGAGCUCAAGGCAAACUCGAGUUCUAUUAAGUCGGUAUCAGAUUUGUUUGGCGCAUUGAUCAGUCCAUUGACGCAAUCGCCCAGGUUGCAAGCGCUCUUGGCGCAGGGGGCAAGCGGUCGAGGUGAGGGCAGCACUCACUCACCGCCACCUCCGUUGUGGUUGAAGGACGGCUCUCCGACGCGGUGGAAAGACAGUUUGACGGCAAACGGCAGACGUGAAAACGGUGUUCCGUCUCCACCUCCCUUGCAACUGAAGGAUAGUGUAAUGGCAUGGGAGGAAUUGCCUCGCUCAGGACUGAGGUUGGGCGGGAAAUGCGAAGGCGAAGUUGUUGCGCUGACGGAUGGGCCGGAUGGAGCGGGGAGGCAUGUUAGCCGCUGCUUCCCGAGUGCUCUUCUUCCUCCUGUAUCCGCUGCAGAAGAAGAUGCAGCUGCAGCAGGAUUGCAUGUUUCUGGCCUGGCAACGACUCCAAAGUCUGCAUACGAGGCGCAGAACUCGUGUUUGCAGGCCGUGAUGGCUGCACGUGGAGAGGGGUUGAGAGUCGAGGUAGCAGUUGGAGAGCCGACAGCGGCGGCAGCUACUUGUCGUGUUAUCCCUGACUGGGUUCCUGACGACACGAGAGAGUCUGCGAGAGACUUCGCGCUCGAUUCUCCGCCAAGUUUUGUGACUUUGCAAGAGAGGAGGGAGGGUGCCUGCUGCCUGUUUUCCCCCCAGUGUCAGAAUCAGGAGGUCGAAUCUGACAUGGUGUUUGAGGAGGUGAGCUUGCUCGAUUCCGACGAGAUACCAGAUAUCGCUACUGGUCCGCGCAAUGCCAAUCAUGGGGAGGAUCGGGCAUCCAGGGACUCAGCGGAUGAAUUUGCUGGCUUUCAGCCAGCUCCACAUGCUCAGGCCGCCCCCCCCCCCCCUGCUGACGAGAGAAGGAGACAGGGACAUCGAGGAGAAGAGGAGAAGGGAGAGGAGCGGGGGAGUAGGGAUUGGAGUGAGCGAGCAUUUGGGUUCUGCGAUGAAGCGGGACCAGCUAAGAGGGAAGGAGGACUGGGAAAGAAAGCGCAGGGGACAGCUAGGAACAUGUCUCGGAGUACUGCAAAGGAAGAAGGAGAGAAGGAGGGGGAGGGGGAGGGGGAGUGGGAGGAUAGCUACGAGGAGGAAGAGAGAGAGGAGAAUGAGAGAGAGAGAAGGAAUGUAGAUACUGCUGGCAGUUUGGUAAUGGAUGAGCUGGCAGAGUUGAACAUUGAGGAGGAGAGUUCUUGCAGCCAGACGGAGAAACAGCGGUGGAUUAAAAAGUCUAUGUCCCGCCGCCCACAAGACAAAGACAAGCAGUCCACACAUAUCUGGGAAGUUCUAUGGAAGGACUCUUCCGUCGCCGGAGGGCCACUGAACAAGCUAAAGUUCGAAACGACAAACCCUGGGUACCAGGUUGUGAGGGAGAGAUUGCAAUCUUGGUCUAGUGCUGCAAUAUCGAGUGCUGCUAUGUCGUCAGCCGCCAAAGCAGCAAUGGUAGCAAGUGGAAAACUGCAGGGGAUGGUCACACAGCAACGCUCGCCAGAAGAGGGGGAGACAAGGACCAACAAGAGGGACUGGCUCCGCAAGAUCCGUCCCAAGAUUUUUAACGGCGGAUGGAAAGGUAUGGCAGAGAGUGCAAAGCGGCGUCUGCGACAUCACCCACGUGAUGUGACCUCAUUCAACGGUCGUGACGCAUCCGCAGGCCUCCAGCAUGGGGGGGAGGUUCCAGACUCAUGUGGACAUCGAAGUGAAGCUAUGGCAGUAGGGGAGGGAGAGGAAGUAGCAGGAGGAGGAGAAGACGACAGCGAUGAAGAGGAGGAGGAAGCUAGCACGAUCCAGUGGGGCUCGGUAAUGGUGGAAGGGCGAUUCUUACCUAAGAGAGAGGGAGAGUCACUAAUUUUGAAAGAUUCGCACUUCAAGGCAGUCAUACUAUGUGGACUGGAUGGUGAUAUGUGGGCCAGACAGUAGAAUGCAGGGGAGGUACAUGUGUCCUGUUCGUCCGGGUGGCCCCCGGUGUCUCUGGACGCGGCCAAGCAAACAAUUGAGGACGUGCCUCAGAAUUCGAGGUCGUCAUCUGUCACAAACAGCAAAAUGAAAUGCCACAAAGUGA